CAGCCUGCAUGCAGCAGUCGGCUGCAGCUCCUGCGUCCGUCUGUCGUCCUGCAACUCUGGCAAGGUUCCAUCUGAAAGAAGAAAACACGUGAAAGAGUGUUGGUGCAUCGUCUUACAUCCCUGUGUGGUUAUAUGCACCACCAUGAAACACCAGUCUAUCUCACGAUGGCUGAGCCAGCUGGGACUGCCACAGUACUGCACAGCGCUGGAGCAGGAAUAUGAUGGCGUAGAGGAUCUGCUCCACCUCUCAGAAUAUGACCUCUUGGAGCUCGGAGUCCACAAUCACCUCCACCGUCUGCACCUUCUGACUUCUCUACGCCUCCUGCAGGAGCGGGAGAGGAGGAGAGUUAACCUGGCAAUUUGCAAGCCCAUCUGGAAUGGAGCGUCUUUAAAAACAAAAACAGGCCUCAAGUUGCGGUGA